AUGAGAAAGUAUUCUGUAUCAAGCAAAGAGGCUUAUUUAGCGUCUCAUAAGCGAAAGGUUAAAGUGUCGAAAAAAGAGGUUCCUAAGACCUCCAAGGAUCUGAAGGAGAACAUUAAGGCCUGCAUAAAGGAUGACAAAAUGCCUGUGGUGCAAGCAGACGACAGAGAACAAACAUGGCAGACUUUCCAAGAGCUGCUGGAUUUUGACGUCUUCCUGUUGGACUGCAGAAUAUUAAACGACGAUAUGAAAAAGAAAAUAAGGGAGACCCCAAAGGCGAACUUAUCAGACUCGGAAAGGAAAGAAAUGGAAGAAUUAUUAAAGAGCAUGCAGGACAAAAUAGGACACAAUCCAAAAUUGGAAAUAGAGAGAUUUGAAAAUUGGGCGGAAACAAUUAUUUCCAACGUCAUUUCCUGUUGGCCGACAUCAAAGGAAGAAAUACAAACUGUCAUAGCAGCAUCAAAGGAGGAGGGACUGAAGAUACGUUGUGCUGGUUCUCGACAUAGCUGGGCACCAGUCUUUAGUGAUGAGCGACAGAUGUUAUUAAACCUUGGAAAACUGCGAAGUGACUACGGACAUGGUGUCAAAAUAAGAAUAGCAAAUCGUAGUCGCAACGAAGUUGAUGUAAUGGCGGGCGUCACAACUGGAGAGUUGAAAGAUUUUCAACUGAAAAAUAAGCUUCACCUUCCUGCUAGUGUCAUCAUUGACGCAGUGACUGUGGUAGGAAUCGUUAGUGCUGGAUGUCACGGUGUGGGACGUUACUCAAAGUCUAUCAGUGAUUAUGUCGUGAAGAUGCGAGUGUUCGAUUCUAAAGGCGAAUUAAGGACGUAUUCGAAUGAAAACCAGGCAAUGUUCAGAGCAGUUAUGGCGGGUUUUGGAUGUUUUGGUGUGGUGUAUGAUAUAACGCUAAAGAUGGAACCAGAAUUUCUGGUAAAAACAGAAAACGUAUAUUAUAACCUGGGAGAAGUUUUCUGCUAUGCCAGAUGUCUUCAGUCAAUAGUCGAGAACAAUUGGUCCACUAACAUUCUUUGGUUCCCCUACAAUUCCUUAAGUUGUGGUGACUACAAUCCUAAGAACGAUGAGUUGUGGGUACGCGUGACGAAUAAAGCGCCACCUGACGUGGACACAGAAGACUGGGACUAUUACACUUGGCGUGACACCAAGGAUUACGUCACACAGGGGUCACUGGCGGCCAUGCUGCCACUAUUAGUGGAGGAUCCCAGUAUUGUGCCGUACUUUUCAUGGACUGGCUUUAAAUUGUUGAAGUACGUGAUGUACCCAUCUGGUGAAAUUUACCAAGAGCAUCCUCAUUCUGUUCAUUUCAGGAAACAUAUUGACAUGGCACCUGUAUACGAUAUGGAAUUCAUAUUUGACUAUGAUGACGACUACGAGAAGCUGUUACAGAUCAUACAUGUGGUAGUGAAGAGGGUCGACCAUUAUGAAGAAAAGGAGGAAUAUCCCCUUACAGCCUUGGAGAUCCGCUUUAUAUCUUACAGUGAUGCCUAUUUGGGAUCAGGAGUGCUUGCCAAUCCUGCUACUGGUGGGUCUGGUCAUGUGAUGUGUAUAGAGAUCUUAGGCUGUCCCGGAUGUAGGGGCUGGGAUACAUUCAGUACUGAGGUUGGCAAGGAGUGGAUGGAUCUUGGAGGGGUGCCUCACCUGGCCAAACAAUGGAAUCAUUUACCCGGGAUUUAUGAACACAUCCAAGAGAAAAUGAGUGGGCCUAUCACAUCCUUCAAGACGCAAUUAAAGAAAUCAGGGGCGGAUCCAGAUGGCAUGUUUCUAAAUGAAAAUUUUAAAAUGCUUCUGGGUAUAUUGUAGUUCCUUAAAAGACAAUUACUUAAUGUGUGACAAUGCCUGAUUAACAUUAUGCAACAAAUUAAAGUCUUGAAAAAAUUACAAAAAGAAUAAUAAUAGCAUGCUUUAUGUACUUCAUUUAAAGGGUAACGGGUCUUUUAAACAGUGUUUCUUGUUAUUUCCAUCAUCUUGUAUUUAAUGGCUGGGAUUUAGCAUUUAUAUCUACAUAGUUGUACA